AUGGCUCGCCUGGCCUCAAAUCCUCUGACUCUUCCUACAUUUCGGCCUUCCUCAAAUCUCCUUUCCUCUCACAGAAGAGAAUUCGCAAGUUUCAAGCCAUCGCUUGUUAAACAAAGCCAUCUGCCACUGAAACAGAACCCUCCAACAAGGAAGCAUGCUUUGGCUAUAGCAAAGGCAUCAUUCCAUUUAUCUUCCCAAAUUAAAUAUUUGAUAUGCCUAAUCAUCUCCUUCUUGGAGCAGGAAAAGGUACUUGUUGAGCCUGAUUCAGUCAAAUGUAGCACUAGCCAAGCUACAACUUCGUCUGUUAGAGGUGGAUUUUCUGAAUUUCCAAACAAAAAUAUAAGUAGGCGAAUAGCAUUAGGUCCUACCCUUGCAGCAGCAAGUCUUUUCUUGUUGUCGCGAAUAGAUUUUGGUGUUUCUUUGAAGGAUCUAUCUGCUGUCGCAGUGCCUUAUGAAGAGGCUCUUUCAAAUGGAAAGCCAACCGUUAUAGAGUUCUAUGCCGAUUGGUGCGAAGUAUGCUGGGAAUUAGCUCCAGAUGUUUAUAAAGUAGAGCAGCAAUACAGGGAUCAUGCCAAUUUUGUUAUGUUGAAUGUUGACAACACAAAAUGGGAACAGGAACUUGAUGAGUUUGGUGUUGAGGUUAUUACGCACUUUGCUUUCCUGGAUAAAGAUGGAAACAAGGAGGGCCAUGUUGUAGGCAGGUUUCCGAGGAAGUACUUCCUUGAGAAUGUGGAUGCUCUUGCCUGUGGUGAGGCAUCGGUUCCUCAUGUUCAUGUAGUGGGACAGUAUUCAAGUGCUGAAUCCAGGGAGGUGCACCAGGUUGCUGAUCCCAGAAGUCAUGUCUAGAUGUUACCUUCUCGCAAGAAGUGACUCAUUAAUUCCUCAGUACAAAAACACUUACAAGGUAACCCCUUACUUUUGAUGUUAGAUGUAUCCAUCUCCUGUUAAUAGUUUUAGUAUGUGAAAAUUUUUAACUUGUUUUUCAGUUUGAGGUCCUUUUUAGAAGAAUCCUAACAAACCUGAGUUAACUGGAUAUAGAAUGUGAUAUGCUAACAUUUUUAAAAAGUGAUAUUUAACAUAUGAGAAGUUCAAAUUUUAGCAGUUAUAACAGUACAAUCCUUUUCUUACCAAAAAAAUUAAAAUAAAAUUUAUAUAUUCAAUUGGUUGCUUGCUUCUAAACGAAGAACAUCUUCAUUUUCAAGUAAUCUAAAUUUUGUUUUGUUCUGGAUCUUCAAGUUCAAGUCAUUUUUCAGGUUCGAAGGCGUGACACCAUCGAUUUGUUUCAGUUAUUUUUAGAUAUUUUUAGAUGCUUGCUUACUCUGAUUUGAGAACUGAAUAUCAGUACGAAAUUGCAAUAAAAAAGGACAACGGCAAAAGACAUUUUUUGUA